AUGGUUUUGAAACUAGGAUUGUUGUGCUCUCGCUCCAAUCCCCAGGCUAGACCAACUAUGAGACAAGUGUUACAUUACCUAAGCGGGGAUGCACUGUUACCAGAUUUGUCGCCUUUGGAAUUGCAUGGGAGCGAGAUCAUGUUGGGAACACACAACGAACUUCGCGAGAUAAGCAUGUUUACAUGUGGAUCUUCAAUUGUUGAAUCUGUAGUCUCCGGUGGGAGGUGA